ACAUCGAGUGGAUUGUUAAUUAGGAAAAGGAAGAAGUGACAAAAUGGAAGUGGUGAAAAUAAGUCUAGGGCAGAAAUGGGAUAGAUCCAGCAUUUUAGUUCCUUCCCUGUAUAGGACACUUAGUACAUUGGGUUCCCAGAUAUUGAAAUCUCCUUCUCUAGUUUCCCUUGAUCAUCCCGAUGACUGGUCUCAAUCUCAUGCUGUUAGACAUCCUGGCGGCAGUGCAUCCCCUUCUCAAAAACGUUCUGCUAAGCAGCUUAAACGUAUAUGUGUGGAGUCUAUAGACAUAUAUAACUCCUUUUCAUUUUAUGUUUUUGUAAAAGGUCUCCCUAUUACUUUUGUCACUCACAUGCUAUGCUUUGAUUAUUUGAAAAUGUUGAGCUAGGUUGUUUAUUGAUUGAUUAGAUAUGAUCUGAUUUAUAUCAUUUGUACUCUAUCGUUGAAAUUGAUUGAAUUUCGUUUCUGAGAUAGAUUUUCGUAUACAGAAAAGGAGACAGCUAGAAUCAUUGACGGAAAGUCAGUUGCUGAGGAAAUUAGAUUAGGAAUAGCUAAUGAAGUUAGCCAAAUGAAAGAAUCCAUAGGGAGGGUUCCUAGCUUAGGUGUGAUAUUGGUAGGACAAAGAAGAGACUCCCUUGCCUAUGUGCGUAACAAAAUUACGGCUUGCAAAGAAGUUGGUUUCAAAUUUUCAUUGAACCAUCUGUCUGAGAACUGCAGAGAAGAUGAAAUCUGUGAUAAGUUAUCAAGACUCAAUGAGGAUCCUUCGGUUCACGGUAUUCUUGUUCAACUUCCUUUGCCACAGGUAAGAAUUGACCGUUUCAUAUUAGAGUUUGACUUUCAUAAUAGAAGUUCAAUACCAUACGAGAAGUAGCCAUAUUAUUAUAUGUUAGCUUAUUGUUUUAUAUUUAACUAAUGUGGGUCAAAUACCUCAAAAUAAUCGGACUGGACAACUUGAAUACUUGAUGGAUCCUCAGCCCAAACCGCCCAAACUGGGUUGGACAACUUAAUGUGGAUAAAUGUGCCAAAUUGACCCCUCACGUGCUACCCAAACUAUGAGUGGUGAAAAAAUUAAAUAGGAAGAGUAUCAUACAAUCUUAUAUGUUGCUUUAUUAUUUUAUAUUGAGGCAAUGUGAGACAGAUAAUUCAACAUUCAUGUAAAUCUAAGCAAAUGAUUUGGACCUGAGUUUUUUUUCCAACAAUAAGCAUUGUCAUUCAACUAUUCAAGACUGAGUCUUUUGUAUAUUUUAUUUAGACUUGAUGUCUUAUGUUAUAUAUGUGGGGUCUUUUUCUCAGAUAUUCUAUUUCUUAGCAAGUACCCUUUAAAUGAGGGUGUGAGAGCUGCCCUCUUCUUGGGUGAUUGCAGCAUUCCUGAAACUUCCCCUAUGCUUUUUCCGGCACAUAGCCUUUGUCUUCUACUAGAAAGUCAGGGGCAAAGAAAGUUUCAGUGAAAGAUUCAGGGAAUAAUAUUGAUUCGACAAAAUACCCUUCAACUGAGAAGGUAGGAGCUACUGCACUAAUUCUCUUGAAAGAUGAUUUCAGCAUUUACUGAAACAUGCCCUAAUCCUUUCCUUUCCCAUCAUAGACUAUCUCCUUCUAAGAAGCUUAAUAUGAAGCAGUUCUAAAGAUGAACUUUUUUUGUUCAUGAGUUGUGGUUGUACUGUUUAAUGGCUAUUGACUAUAGGUUGAUAAGUGAAUUUGAACAGAAUUUGGACAAUGAAAAGAUACUGAAUAUGCUAAGCAUAGAAAAGGAUGUGGAUGGCUUCCAUCCGCAGAACAUGGGAAACUUGGCCAUACAAGGUAAAGAACCGUUGUUCAUACCCUGUACUCCUAAAGGCUGCAUUGAGCUGCUUCUUAGGUCUGAUGUUGAAAUAAUGGGGAAGAAGGCUGUGAUGAUUGGAAGAAGCAAUAUUGUUGGAUUGCCCAUGUUUUUGCUCUUGCAGAGGCAUCAUGCAACGGUUACCAUUGUCCAUGCAUUUUCGAACAAUCCAGAUGUUGUUGCCCGGGAAGCUGAUAUUUUAAUAGCUGCAGCAGGGGUACCUAAUUUAGUUCGGGGCAGUUGGUUAAAGCCCGGUGCAGUUGUUGUUGAUGUUGGCACUAACCCAAUAGAGGAUGAAGAGAGUGAGCAUGGUUACAGGCUGAUUGGCGAUGUUUGCUUUGAAGAAGCAGUAAGAGUAGCUUCUGCAAUAACUCCCGUGCCUGGAGGAGUGGGUCCCAUGACAGUUGCAAUGCUGCUUUUCAACACACUUCAAGCAGCAAAACGUGUUCUUAGGUUCCCUUGAUUCAAAACUAAUUUAUAGUUUGAGUUUGUGUAGUUCUGUUUGAACACAACUUUUUAUUGACAGUCUUUGGCAGAUCCCAAAAUCUUUUGGGAUUAAGGCUUGAAUGUUGUUGUUGUUUGUAGUCUUUUGCAGAUCGUUUUUGGUGUUCAAUGAAAAGUUCUUUCUUUGGGAAAAAA